AACCUGAGACAACCACAGCAUCUGUUUGUCCUUGGUGUUGUCCCUAGUUCCCGCUGUACUGGUUCAGUGUGCCGGCCAUCCUGAAGGGCUGGAUGGACAGGGUGCUGUGCCAGGGGUUUGCCUUUGACCUCCCAGGAUUCUAUGAUUCCGGUUUUCUCAAGGAUAAAUUGGCCCUCCUCUUGAUAACCCUGGGAGGCACAGCUGCAAUCUGCAGAAAAACUGGAGUCAGUGGAGAUUUUAAAUACUUCCUGUGGCCCCUCCAGCAUGGUGCAUUGCACUUCUGUGGAUUUAAAGUCCUUGCUCCUCAGAUCAGUUUUGCUCCUGAGUUUGCAUCAGAAGAAGAAAGAAAGGGGAUGAUGGCGUCUUGGGCCCAGAGGCUGAAAACCAUCUGGAGGGAAGAUCCCAUCCCCUGCACGCCCUCUUGGUACUUUGGGCAGUAACGCUGUCUGUCAUGUACACAUCACUUGAGCAACACACUAGUAGGUGCGAGCACGUGCAAAGAGAAGAUGAUGCUGUAAUAACAUGAAAUGACAACAAACUUAGCUGCAUCUAAUUGCUGAUGUGCAUGAAUGAGUGUCUUCAUGGUUUUAUAUGGCCAGACCCAAAAAUCCAGUAAUCAGCUGGUUGAAUUGAAUUCUAGUCUAAUAUCAUUAUUCACCCAGGCUUUCUUUUCUUUUCUUCUCUAACAUCUUUCUGUCCCCCUAUAUUCAAUCUUCAUGGAUAAUGUUGUUUUCAGAUAUUUCUCUUGAUAUCAGGCUGCAUCUGACAGUUUUGUGUUGUACUUCAUAACUUCAGAGCUUCUAUUUUUUUAUAGGAAAGAUUAAUCUUCUCUUAGCUAGCAUUAUAGUGCUGUGGACUUAUUUUUACAUCUUUCUUUUAACUUGCAUUAUGACUAUGGAGUUUUAAAUGAACAGCCAUUUAAAAUAUAUUUAAAAUCAUUGAGUGCUGAUUACAAUGAAAAACAGUAGUCCAGUGGCAGCCUACAAUAUCAUGAUGCAUGUGUUCAUGUAACAUUUCUAAUAAUUAGCCCACGGUGUUGGUGCAGGUAGGUGGAUGUAUCCCCCUAAAAACAAGUUGAAGUUACUAAAUCUUCUCUUCCUCCUCCUCCUCCUCAUAAUCACUACUGAGGACAAAGCCACCACUUGUGGACAGGGGCCCUUCACCCACUGCAGGUUCCUUCACACCAGACACGGCAUCUACUUCUCACUGGACUCUUCUCUUCAAACACCACCUUGUUGGAAUCCUCAUCUUCCACCACUUUUCACCUGCAUCAUCUCCCUCCUCCUAGGCAUCAUCAGCCCCUCCCCCUCUGCGUGUUCUUCCUCCUCUUUUCCAUCUGGUGCAUCAUUGAAUACUUUUCCACAUUCGUCUUCUUCCUUUGCCUCUGAAUUUUCACACUCUCAGAACUUUCCUCGUCACUCACUCAGACCCAUCAUCAUCAAAUUCUAAUUUAUCAGGGUCAUUUCUCCUAACAUUUUUUCAACACCACUAUCUUCUAGUAAUUUUUGGAACCAUUUCAAACUGUUUUUCAACACAGUUUUCAGAUUCUCUUCGCAAGACAUCUUCUUCAGACCCUUUUUGGGGCCAUUCUCUCUUCGGGUUCC